CGCAUUGAUCACCGCUAGGGGGUUUCAGAACGCAGACGUUUGUUUAGAAAGUAGGGUUAUGGUGGUGCCGGUCGCUUUUUUGCCUUUCUCCGUCGAAAAAUGAUAUUAAUUAGACAUUUUAAUGCCGACAUAAUCGUCUGAUGUGUUUUAAAAACUAUGGGGAAGAUAAAAACGUUCGAAAUCGUUUUAGAUAGCAACAAAACUGUGUAUUAUCCCGGUCAACAAGUGCUAGGGAAAUGUGUUGUGGACUUGAGAGGAGAUAUGAAGAUGAAGACGUUAAGGAUAUACAUGAGAGGAGUUGCUAAAGUGCACUGGACGGAAUCGAGGAGCACGGGAAACCGUCUCGGAGCUUAUACUGAACAUUAUAAUGCCGAAAUCGAGUAUUUCUUCAAGAGGCAAGUUCUAUUUGGAACAGGUGAGUCAAUUGCUCACAAUGCUUUUAUCAAUAACAACGUUAAAUCACUUCUUUCCGCUUAUUUUUCAUUGUAUUCUAUUGUCGCUUUUUAUUGUUAUUUACACACACACUACACACACACACACACACACACACACACACACACAAUUAAAUACUUCAUAUUAUUAAGUAAAAAAAUAUUGAGAAAUGAAGAGAGGCCAAACGGUAAAGAAAUAAUUAAUGAUCAGUAUUUGGAAAAUGAACCGAACUCGGGAAUCUCAACAUCAUUUGAAGGAAAGUAUGGAAGUGUUCGAUACUGGUUAAAAGCUGAAAUGGAGAAACCUUGGUCAUUCAACCAUAAAACUAAGAAAGCUUUUACUGUUAUUAGUCCAAUUGAUAUAAAUAGAACAGAAUAUUUGAUGCCAGUAGAGAAUAGUGUUGAGAAAACACUAUGUUGUUGGUGUUGUACUUCAGGACCUAUUACUUUAUAUGCUAGAACAGAUAGGAAAGGUUAUUGUCCUGGUGAAUCAAUAGCUAUAACUGCUGAUUUUGAAAAUCAUUCAAGUAGAACGAUCAUUCCACAUGCAACACUCCAUCAGACACAAACAUUUUUAGCAGGAGGGAAGUCACGUUCGCGUCGGUGCAAAUUUACAAUUGUAACAGGUUUAGCAAUUCAACCAGGCAGGACAGCCAAUUGGGAUGCUCAGUUAUUAAAAAUUCCAGCAGUGUCUCCCUCCAUUAUCAAUUGCUGCCUUAUUCGUGUUGAUUAUGCUGUUCGGAUUACAUUACAAAUCCCAGGUGCCUAUAAUUUAUCAGUAGAUCUUCCUGUAGUAAUUGGUACUGUUCCAUUACGAACUCGACCUCCUCAUUAUAGAAAUAUAAGUCCUCAAUUACCAGAAAUUUCAGGCACUAAUGGAUAUAUUUUAUUAGAUGCCAUAAUUAUUAAUUUAUUUUUAGCUCCUCCAACAUAUGCAGAAUGUGUGGAAGGUUCAGUAGACAUUACAGAAGAUGAUGAUGGAGAUAUUAUUGGUGAUACCAGAUUUACACCAAUGUAUGCCUAUGUACAUGACUAUAAUUAUCAGCCACCUCCAGCAUAUUCAGAGGUUGAUCCACAUCCUACACAUUCUAGUGAUGCAAAUGGAGACAGAUGAACUGUAAUAAAAUGUUUAAAAUGGUAUUAAAAAUUAUUUUUCAAAGCAGAAAUAUCUGCUUUCUGGAUGUAAUAGUUCUCCAUGUAAUUGCUAAAUAUUGAUAUUUCUG